AUGAGCGGGGCGGCGGGGGCGGCGGUGCUGCUGCUGGUGGACGCCGCCGACUUCGCGGCUCGGAAGCACCGUCGGCAGCGGCGGAAAGACCCCGAGGGCACCCCCUACAUCAACCACCCUAUCGGUGUGGCCCAGAUCCUCACCCAGGAGGCGGGAAUCACCGACGUGCAGGUGCUGCAGGCGGCCCUGCUGCACGACACGGUGGAGGACACGGACACGACGCCGGAGGAGCUGGAGCGGCGUUUCGGGGCGCAGGUGAGGGGCCUGGUGGAGGAGGUGACGGACGACAAGACGCUGCCCAAGCUGGAGCGGAAGCGGCGGCAGGUGGAGAGCGCGGGGCGCAGCAGCCGCGGCGCCAAACUGGUGAAGCUGGCCGACAAGCUCUACAACCUGCGGGACCUCCGGCGCUGCACCCCCGUCGGCUGGUCUGAGCAGCGGGUCCAGGAGUACUUCGAGUGGGCGGCCCAGGUGGUCAGGGGCCUAAGGGGGACGAACCCGCAGAUGGAGGCCGCCCUGCAGCAGCUGUUUGAGGAGCGGGGCAUCCCGCUCUGAACCCGAGCCGUCGCCUCCCCGGGAUAGUAGAAGACCCGCCGCCCAGGCCCGGCAGCCCCUGCCCAUUCACCCGGUCCCGGUCGGCCUCACACCAGAGGCGUCGGGGAUGCUGCUCCCGAGACCCGGGCCGCCGACUCCGGGUGGCUCCUACCCAGCGGGUGAAAUAGAUCCUGGUGGAAACGUU